AUGGAACACACAAACAACACAGCUUCUCAGGAAUUCGAAGAAGGGGAAACUCCCUCUUUCCGACGCUACCUCACCAUAAACGACCAUCCCUCUCUUCACAGCAGCCCAAGAACUUCCUCCGCCCAAGAACUCUUCGAAUUCUUCAGUAAUUUAAGCUCCGAAACGUACCCCACCGCCACCACCUCUGAUGACGUCAUUUUCAGGGGAAAGAUAAUUUCAAUCGAACCCCCAGAAGUAGAAUCACUCAAUGAUGAGUAUAGAAAGAGAGAUCAUUACCUGAGCCCGAUCGAACCGGCGUCGUUUCGGGGGCCUACUAGUUUUGUUCAGUUCUUGAACGAUGAAAGAGAGAGUUAUGUUACCAAGAAAACUUCAGCAAACUCAUUCCGGUGUUCGUCUGUCCGGAAAAUGAAUAUUAGUUCUCUCACGUCCAUGUCGGCGACGUCGAAACGAAAUAUGUUUAUGUUUGGACCGGUGAAGUUUAAACCGGAGAUGGAAUUAAGUGCUAUCAGGGAGAGGCAGAAUCGCCGACCUCCGGCACUGAUGUUUCCGGCAUCUUCCAGCGGCGAGAAGGAGGUGGUGGACGGUGGCGGGAGGUUGAGGCGUAGGGACCACCUGGCCAGGUCGUUUUGUUGCAUGAAUCUAGGGCGCGGGAUUGGAGGUAGACAGAUGGCUUAG